AUGUCGAAAUUCAAGGUCUCACGGUUGUAUGAUAGCUUUGGCUAUUUCACGGCCCUCGAUGAGUAUAGCGAGGACGGAGCACGGUUGUUUGAGCAUAGCAAAGGCUUGCUCGUGGACAUGAUUACGCUAUCUAACAUUAUGCUCGUGGAAAAUUACUUGCGAGAAACAGCGCAACGAAUAGAUUACCUCGAGCGAAAGAUGUGGCCGAUGCAGAAGAUUGAAUGCAGCAAGGAUGAACUGAGCAAGUUGCAAAGAUAUGAGAAAGAGAUAGAGGAGCUUAAAAGAACCUUCAUCGACAUGGAAAUUAGCAUGUUCCGCGCGGAGACUCUGCUCCCCGAAAAACCGCUGAAGAGAACUUACGACAAAAUCAGACAGAAACCUGCCUGCAAGGAGUGGAUGCUGCAGUAG